AUGUUUGAACAGGAGGGCAGAACCAAGCACUCCAGUUGGGAAUCUGAUGAUAUGGAAAUAACAAAAAGCCAGACAGUUGCCAUUGAUGCAGAAAGCCUUCACCCAAUGUAUGCUUCACAGAACAAAAAACGAAAAACCAACGAAAAUCUGUCUUUCAUGACAGGUUUGACUAAAGCCACUCGUGCCUCAAAAGAGGAGUGUGACAUGGACAUGACUAAACCUCUCACGAAACUUGAUGAUGGCAGCAUUACUGUUUUAGAGUUCUUCAAUCUCUUCAACCUGGAUUUUGUCAUCCAUAACCCACGGCAAAGCAUCCUUCCUGGCAAAGUAGGUUUAUCUUUCUCAAACACUAAGGAUUUGCUGAAAGACAGGUAUAUCGACCAUCCUAAACAGAGAGUGUAUGAGAUGGACAACCAGUUCCUCACAGAGAAGGUGGAGGGGUUGAAAGCCCGAAUGAAGGACAGGGAAAAACUUCUAAGGCAUGUUAAUCCACGUCUUUGGGAAGAGAUGAGAUCUUUUACAGAGGAAGAGCUGAAACGUUUUGGUGCAAAAUUAAAAGAAAAGAACAACUUCUUCAGAAAGAAAAGCAAGGUUGAGUCGCACAAAUUGAAAGGGGUCCUGUACUCAAAUCUUCUUCGGGCCAGUAAGAACGAACAGCAGAAGUUGAGAGGAAAGCUCGAGGAGAGCGACGUGAUGCUGAAAGACCUCGAUGACUGUAUUCAGCACUUACAAGCUGAACUUAAUGCAGUUGAAGGAAACGGUUUAGAAGAUAGUAAACCAACACUGGAAUCUGCUGAGCAAGGACUGGCGGCGGUAACAAAGUCACUGGCCGAUAAUGAAAGACAAAUAUACGAGUUGGAAGUACAGAAGACUUGCAAUCUGGACAAACUGAAAAGACUGAAAACUGAGACUCAGAAUCUUGAGAACCACACUGACAUGCUGCAUAGGAUUACCGAGUGGAAGUUUGAGGAAAAGCAGGGUAACUUCCAGGUCUACUCCUUCCUCCAUAAGACGCUGGUUCUAGAGGUGGUGUUUGAAAAGUGUGACGGAGAUGAGGCACCCGAGCGGACUAUAUCUGACAUCAUUUUCAAGUUUUCUCUAGAUGAGAGAGUCUCGCCGUGUCACGCUCAUCUAGUUCACAAGCUGCUAUCCCAGUAUACUGAAGGAGAGACUGCAUGGGUGAAGAAGUACCCAACCAGCAAAUACAUCCCAAAGCUGCUGCAUGAUGUGGGCUUGGUGGUGAGUCGUUGUCGUCUACUGGGUGAGGAAGUGCGCCGGCUGAAGUUAUUUGGUGCUAUGAGCCUGAAUAUCCUGGACAUCAGCUGUGUAGACACACAAGUGCGUCUUCUCUUCAGCAGUCUGGAGGCAUUUGUCAAAUUUGAGCUGUCAGUAGCUCUCACAGCAGCUUAUCCCUUCUGUGUCCCUCAAGUGCAAAACUACAAAAACCAUAUUGGAAAUACAACUGUCCAUCAGAUUGAGGAAAUAGUUUCAUCCGUCACUCCGGCGAAAAACCUCCUCACCAAGAUUGUCAAGAAGAUUAAUGAAGAUCUACUUUCAGGGACACCUCGUUAAGACCCACCCUGUAUUCCUGCUCCUCUGGCG